GUCUGGCACUUCAUGGGUUACAUGCACCUGCAUGCAUACAUCGUCUCGUCCUAUUCUCUCCUUGUCUCGCAUCCUUCGGACUCGCUGUGUGUCUGCGUGUCUCUGGAACAGAAAUCUCUUGUCACAGCUAGCAAGCCGUUUCCAGUUGCCACAGGCAUACGCGCAAACCCAAACGAUGAGCACUAACACCCACCCAUCCCUCUCGGCUGUCUCCACCUCUAAUGCGCCUGCCGCAGUCGGCCCUUACAACCAGGCAAUUCAGGUCGGCGAUCUGCUCUUCUGCUCGGGCUCCCUGGGCUUGGAUCCGUCCACUGGCAAGCUGGUGGAGGGCGGCGUAGAGGCUCAGGCUAGACAAGCUCUCAAGAACCUCAAAGUCAUUAUUGAAGCAGGUGGAAGCGAGCUGGGCAAGGUUGUGAAGACUACUGUGUUCUUGCACAGCAUGGACGACUUCAAGCCCGUCAACGCGAUUUACGCCGAGUUCUUUGGGAAUCAUAAGCCUGCGCGGUCCGCAGUCCAGGUCGCGCGCCUACCCCUCGACGCGCUCUUCGAGAUCGAGGCUAUUGUCAGCCUCGCGUAAUCCAAAUAUCGUCUAAGAGGCUGUGGAGUGAGCGCAAACGUGGUUGUCGCCGGACAAGAUACUCCAUCGUGCUCGGGUUUGUAGCAAUACUUGCAUGCUUCAUUCGAGUCUCGACCCUUGUGCGGAUAUCGUAAAGUACACAUGCAUGUGGAAUAUCGUUUCGUUUCGUCUUUGUCUAACAAGUCUUCCGGCGUCGAACGACCGCGGCCAUCGCUCCAGCUGAAGGUGCUACUGCAGCGCCCAAUCAUGCCGGCUUGUAACAAACACGCGUGCCAAGACCCAGGAUCCUGUGCAAACAAGCACGAGCUUCACACUACGCCUCGAAGAAGCCGUCUGCGCAGCACUCUAGUCGACCUUUUCU